AUGUUCUAAUCCCCAAAAAAUGCCAUUUCAACUGCUAAAUUUUAAUAGAAAGUAAUGAACUUAGAAACAAAUACCUCAUAAUUUGAUGCAACUUCAACUAUUAUUUAGUCAAUGUAUUUAUAAAUAGAUGAAUUGAUUUAAACAAUUUAAAUAAGAAACCCAAAAUAAUUGAAAUAGUUAAAUAAUGAAGAGAAUACCUUUACCUAUCAAAAUUAAUUAAACAUGUUAAAGGCUGAUUAAGAAUCAACUAAUUUAUAAUAAUAUUAUUUGGCUAUUGAAUCUGAAGAAAUAUCAAAUGCCUUAUAUGCUCAUCCCAAUAAUAGUUUACAUCAAUAAGCUUAAAUGAAAAAAACUAUAUAAUCUAUUUAAUUAAAGAUAAAUCAAAUAAAAUAAGUAAUUUAUAUUAUUUAUAUCAUAGACUCUUAAUGUUAAUGAGAAUGAUUAAAGAGAAUUUGAAUCAAAAGCACAAGCAAUCUAAGAAAAACAAUAGAAUUAUGCUUCAUUCUUAUUAAAACUUAAAGAAAAGUAGUAAUUAAAUGAUUCAGUGCAUAAAUUACUAGAUUAAUUAGGAUAAUAGUAAUGGUUAAAGUUACGUUAAUUAUUUGAUGUAGAUAUAAUUAAGAUUGCUAUACCUUUUGAACAUAUAAUUAAACUUUAAUAACUAUUAUUGAAAGAAUCAGAAAAUUUGAUUCAAGUAGGGAAGUAUAAAGGUGUUUUGGAAGAUAAAAAGUAAUUUUUAAUGGAAGUUCAAUUAUAAUCACCCUAAAUUAAUUUAGUAUUAUCUUUUGAUUAGAUUUUGUUAAACAUAAUUCAUCAGCCAAAAGAUUAAUUUAUUUCUAAAUAAGGACUAUUAAUUUAAAUUGUAAAAUGUCUCAAUAUUUUACAUUCAAACUUUUGCUGUAUUAUUCAAAAUUUAACUAAAUUGAAUUACUCAUAAAAGUAAUUUGAAGAAUAAUCAAAAGAAUUAUUAUAGGUUACAGCUUAAAUUAAAACAUUUACAUCAAGUAAAACCUAAUUAUUAAUUGAAAUUGAUAAAAUGAAAAAAUAAUUGAAAGAUCUUCAAUCAUAAUUACAAAAUUCUUUAAAUACAAUUGAUCGAGACAUUGAAAAUGAGGUUUAAAAUCUAUUAUCAUUAUAUUUAAAAGAUAAGGAAAUAUUAAUGAGGGACAUAAAAUUUAAAUAUGGUAAACAGUAUCAUGACCAUAUGAUAUUAGAUGUCAGAUAAGAAUUUAGAAAGAUUUGUUAAGGAUAAUAAUUUGAAUAGACAAAUAAGAUUGAAUAUGCUUAUAAUAGAAUGGAUGAAAUUUAGAUACAAAUAAUAAAAAAUAAAGAUAAAAUAAUACAAUUAUUAAAAUAAUUGAAAGAACAUAAACUUUUAAUUCCAAAUACUAAAACUGAAGAAUCCUAAAUAGACAAAAAAGAAUUUCUAUUGCAAUUAUAAAAUUUAAAAAUAAUUUUACUCUAACUUGAAAAUAAAAUAUAGAAAAAAUCAUAACGCAAUUCUGAAUAAUUGUUGUAAGAUCUAUAAGUAGAAAUAAAUAAAUUAAAAGAAUUUAUUGAUCAAAAUUUUGUAUUUUAAAAAUAAAGAAGUGAUUCUAUUGAUACAAUUAAGAAAACUUAAAAAUUUGAACAUGCUAGAUCACAGUCACAAAUACCAAUAAUUUCAACUUUAGGAUCAGAAAUUUCUAUUCCAAUCCAAAGUCCAAAAAAUGUUGUACUCCAUAUUUAGAAUCCAUAAGAUAUAUUUGAUUCUACAGAUGAUCCUAUUUAAAUUGUAAAAAAACCAUUUUCUGAAUGGAACAGUUAUCAAUUAAGUUUCAAUUUGAAUUAAUUAAAAUCAAUAUCUGGGAUAAGUGGAUAAGAAUAAUCAUUUAUUACAUAAAAAGAGAGUAGUUUACAUGGUUCAAUUUUAGAAGCUAUGUCUAGCAAUAGAAAUAAGAAACCAGAGAUUCAUUUGAUUGUAUUUUUAAAAUUGAAAGAAUGCAAUAAAAAAUAUGAUCCAAUAAAAAAUGAAGAUCCAACCAAAUAUGGUUAUAGAUUAUAUCGAAUAGAUAAUCAAUUUAAUGUAAAAAAUUGAAUUAUGAAAAGAUCUAUAGUUCUGAAGAGAAUGAAAAUAUGAAUAGUUACUAAAAAUUAGAAAUGAGACUUGAGGUUUCAUAACUCAUAUUGGUAAUAAUAAAUAUGAUUGUAGGAUGAUUGUAGUCAAAAUGCUUUGAAAUUUAGAAUGAUUUAUGAACCUUCAAUGAGAGGAAUAGUUUAAGAUAGUUUAGCUUUAAAACAUUUAAAUUUGCAACAUCUACCAUUUAAAUUAUAAGGAAACUCUGUAAUAGUUAAUGGAUUAUGCUUAAAUGAAUAGGACUUAAUUAAAUUAUAACUAUUAUUUAAAUAAUGA